CUUCCCACUGGCCACUUGCAAGACUUGUUGUGAAUUUCUUACAUUUUUCCUGGAGUCAUCCCUCAUACACAAGCCAGGCUUUUCAUCCUCACUGUAUUUUACAUAACGGAGGGCUGUGGCAACAUGAAAGGCUGCAUGGCUCUGGUCUUCUGUGUGGCAGCCCUGACUGCGUGGGUAGUCACUGCAGAUGCCAAGGAGUUAUCCAUCACCACUAUAAAGGAGGAUCCGUACAUCAUGAGCAGAGGCUCUGAGCUGGAGGGCUACUGCAAUGACCUCCUCUCAGAGCUCUCCAAGAAGCUGGGCUUCAAGUACAAACUGCACCUGGUGAAGGACAACCGCUACGGAUCCAUGGACUCCAGUGGCAACUGGCACGGCAUGAUUGGUGAGAUCAUCAGAAAGGAGGCUGACCUGGCUGUGGCCCCGCUGACCCUCACUGCAGUCAGAGAGCAGUUUGUGGACAUGACCACCCCCUUCAUGCAAACAGGAAUCGGCUUCGUCCUGCGCAAGGACUUGACCUCUGAAGAGAGCACCUUCAGCCUGCUGUCACCCUUCUCCACCAACAUGUGGGUCGGCGUGCUCAUUGCAUUUUUGUUAACCGGUCUCUGCAUAUUCCUGGUGGGCAGGAUCAGCCCCACUGAAUGGGCUGAGCCAGAUUCUGAGGAGCACAGCUUCACAUUGCUGCACAGCUUCUGGUACAUCACAGGAGCGCUCACCCUGCAAGGUGCUGGUCCUCACCCUAAGUCCCUAUCUGGCCAUGUAGUCAGCGCCAUCUGGUGGCUGUUUACUGUAAUGCUGCUGGCCUGCUACUUUGGAAAUUUGAUCUCCAUGUUUCACUCCAACAAUAAACACAUCUCCAUCCAGACUUUUGAAGACCUCGCAGACCAGGAUGAGAUCGAUUACGGCACAAUCAAUGCUGCAUCCACCAUGCUUUUCUUUAAGAAUUCCAACAACCCUGUGUACCGGCAUAUCUACCAGCACAUGGAGCGUAAGAAAAGCUACGUGUCCAACACAGCAGAGGGUUUUCGCCGCAGCCAAGAGGGAAACUUUGCCUUCAUUGGUGAAGCAGCAUCUUUGGACCUAGCAGUGGCUCGCAACUGUAACCUAACCCGUUCACAGGAAGUCAUUGCUAUGAGAGCCUACUCCAUCGCAGCACCUCUGGGUUCCCAGCUGGUCAAAAACCUGUCCAUAGCCAUCCUCCAGCUCAGCGAGUCCGGUGAGCUGACAUACUUACGGGACAAGUGGUGGGCCAGCAGCUGUGUUGGGGCCAACAGGGCCCACUCCUCCAAGGCCCUGCACCCCCAUGACCUGCGGGGCCUCUUCCUCCUCCUGGGCCUGGGACUGGGUAUUGGGCUCCUACUGGCAUUGCUGGAACUCUUGUCCAGGGCUCGCAACCAAGCUAAGGAUAGCAAGAAAUCGUGCUGCUCUGUGUUGACAUCAGAACUGAACAGAAGGUUUGGCAGUGGACGUGAGAGCACAGAGCAAGAUAGCUCAGACAAAAGCAAAGCCUAAAGAAAAUCUUUACAUGUUAGAUAGUAUCAGAGAUGAGAAUCAGCUGGGAGCCUCUGUCCUGUUCCUUCAGACUCACUAGUUUUCUGUUUCUGUAGCAGUGGUCAUGUGUUGUCUGGCUGCUCAGUGUGUUUACUACUCUUCCAGAAAAUCUUAUUGAUAGCAGCUACCUGCGUAUUAGGCACCAAACCCGGGGACUUCGAGCUUCAAACUGUAAUCUCUUUAAUUUGUUCAGUAUUCAGUGUUGCGGCAUGUUAUCAAAAGUCCACUCCUCAGUAACCUUCAUACAUUGUCUCUAUAGCUGUAAAAGUGUUAUCCUUUUUAUGUGCAUGUAUAUUCCAAAUAAAUCCUCCAGUAUCUGAAAUGCUC